CGAAUUACCGGAAAAAUCGCGGGAAGUAAUUGUGUCGAAAUCUCUUAAAUAAGCCUCACUCCCUUACAAUAGUUCAACAAGUGCGGAUUUAAGUGCUUUUUGUAUCCAAAAUGAAUCCCUACCAGCAAGGCCAAUCGGGAUAUCCUCAGCAGCAGUAUAUGCAUAAUAUAGGAUUUAACAAUGCCGCUCCGCAGUCGUUCGGCAAUCCUAUGCCAAUGCCUGGCAUGCCUACCAUGGGGUACGCAGCACCACCUUCAGGGUACCCUCAGUCUAGCCCUGGAUAUCCCCAGUCCACAGGGCAACCUGGUUACCCACAGUCUAAUGCUCAAUAUCCAACAUCUGCUCAAACUGGGUACCCACAACCAGGAGGUUAUCCAAGUGCCAAUCAGGGAUACCCAGGUGCUAACCAUGGCCACCAAAAUGCCAAUCAGGGGUAUCCCAGUGCCAAUCAAGGGUACCCUGGUGCCCAAGGGUACCCUAGUGCUUACCAAGGCUAUACACCAGCUGCCCAAACACCCCAAGUGCAACAGGGGUAUGCUCAAAGCCACUCUCAGCCACAUAGCCAACAUGCUUAUGGUCAAUCAAGCUCUGUACCAACACCAAAGUCAAAACCCACGGUGGUCCCCGUGAACCCCUUCGACCCCCGCGAGGACGCGGCCGUCCUCCGCAAGGCGAUGAAGGGGUUCGGAACGGACGAGAAGGCCAUCAUUCAGGUGCUCACGCGCCGGAGCAACGAGCAGCGGCUGCGCAUUGCGUUUGAGUUCAAGACGCUGUACGGAAAGGACCUAAUCUCAGACCUGAAGAGCGAAACCAGCGGCAAGUUCGAAGACAUCGUAGUGGCGUUGAUGACGCCACUUCCCCAGUUCUACGCCAAGGAGCUCCAUGACGCCGUGGCCGGCAUCGGCACGGACGAGGAUGUGCUCAUCGAGGUCAUGUGCACCAUGUCCAACCAUGAGAUCCAGGUCAUCAAGCAGGCCUACAAUGCUAUGUACGGAACUCUGUUGGAGGACGACCUCCGCGGUGACACGUCUGGAAACUUCAAAAGGCUAAUGACCUCACUGAGCAUGGGCAACAGGUCUGAGGAGUUCCACGUGAACCAAGAUAGAGCGAGAGAGGACGCCAGGAGCUUGCUACAAGCCGGCGAGCUGCGACUCGGCACGGACGAGUCGGUCUUCAACGCCGUCCUCUGCUCGCGCUCGUUCACGCAGCUGGCCGCCAUCUUCCAAGAGUACCAGUUCCUCACCGGCCACGACAUCGACGACGCGAUCAAGGCUGAGUUCUCGGGCGAUAUGGAGAAGGCUCUUCGUGCUAUCGUGAAAGUGGUCCGCAACAAGCCGCUGUUCUUCGCCGAGCGGCUGCACAAGUCGAUGAAGGGCAUGGGCACCAACGACCGCCAGCUCAUCCGCAUCAUGGUGACGCGCUGCGAGAUCGACCUGGGGGACAUCUCCGACAUGUUCCAGGCCAAGUACGGCGAGACGCUGCAGAGCUGGAUUGAGGGCGAUUGCUCCGGGCACUACAAGAAAACUCUCCUGGGCCUGCUCGGCUUGUAUUAAUCUCUAACGAAUCUACUGAUUAAGCAUCAUUUUUUAAAUAAUAAACAUCUGUAUGUUGUA